AUGGGGAGUUCAAGUGUCGUACAAAGUGAUGGAGGUGCAGUAGCUUAUGUUGGGAAAAAGAUGAAUAAAAGCAGGGGGGUUUUACUGAAUAUUUUAGUAAAAUGGUUGAAUGAAUAUAUACUAACCAUUAAAAUGGAUGUUUUUAAGACUAAUAAGAAGAUAAAAAUAAAUAAUUUUUAUCUGGAUAAUACAAAACAAAUACAUAUGGACAAUACAUUAGUCGGUCGAAUUUCAUCUUCUACAAAUGAGAGUAACCCAGGUGCUAACGAUUCAAAUAGGAACAUCUAUCAUGUUCAGGCUAGAGAAAAAAGAAGAAUAAAAAAGUUAUACUUGAACAAUAAAAAAAAAAGAUUGUCGUAUGCAAAACAUGUUUUGCAAAAUUAUGGAAAGAUGAAGCUGCCAGAUGUAAAAAAAAAUGAGAAUGAAAAUUAUUUUCUAUGUUGUGCUUAUGGAAAAGUUGAACUACCAGAGUUAAAGAAUGCACCUCCAAGUUAUGAAAAUCUUUUUAGAUCUGGAGAUUCUAAAAGCAAACAGUUCAUGAAGAACAUUCGUUCUUACAAUUCUAUGUUUUCUUUUACGUCAAUGGGUGGCAAGAUUGAUUCCUCAAUCAAUAAAGGAAAUGCUCCAUACAUUUUUCGACUAAGCGGUCAAAAUUAUCAUAGUAUCAGAAGCCUUUUACCGGGACAGGGAUUUAAACCAAAAUUCUCCCAAUUGUACAUAUACGAUACUGAUAAUGAGAUCGCAAAUAGACGAACAUGUUUUGGUGGAGAAAAUCAACGAUCUACAUCAAAUUCUUCUGUUCUUGAUAAUGAUAUUAUACAAGAUUUGAAGUUGAUGUUAGAUUCAAAUAAUGUCUUGGUUCAUUCUUAUAGAAUGGUUAGAGAUUGUUUUCAUGAAAACCCUCAUGUUAAUAUCAAAUUGAGAAUUAUUGGAAGAAGGGACCAAGAUGGAAGGACAAACAACCUACCAUCUGCUUCUGAGGUUGCCGCUUUAAUUGUCGGAGAUAUUGGUGAUUCAAUUGAUAAUAGAGAUAUUGUUGUUCAAACUUCAUCUGGUUCUCUACGGCGUAUUAGUGAAUUACAUCCAUCAUACCUUCCUAUUCAGUAUCCACUACUGUUUCCAUAUGGUGAUGAUGGUUACAGGGUUGACAUACCACAUCGAGGUAUUACACCUUCAAGCAACAGCAAGCGGCCCAACUGUACAAUGAGAGAAUUUUUUUCUUAUAGAAUACAGGACAUGGAUCAUUAUUUUUCACUAAUUCUUAAUUCAAAAAGGUUGUUCCAACAGUUUUUGGUAGAUGCUUAUACUAUGAUUGAAAGCGAGAGAUUACAUUUCAUAAGGAGCAAACAACAAAUUCUUAGAUGCGAGUCUUAUGAGAAUUUACGUAAUCAACAAGACCUCGGGAAUAAAGAUAUAUCCAACGUCAUACAAUGUGUUAUCUUACCUUCAUCAUUCACUGGUGGUGCACGUUAUAUGAUGCAAAACUACUUUGACGCCAUGUCCUUAUGUAAAUGGUUUGGAUAUCCUGAUUUCUUCAUAACCUUUACAUGUAAUCCAAAAUGGCCUGAAGUUAAAAGGUUUCUUCAUAACACUUCACUGCAUCCAGAAGAUAGACCUGAUAUCUUAUUGGUCUAUACAAUUGAAUUUCAAAAAAGAGGUUUGCCACAUAGUCAUAUUUGUCUAUUUAUGCAUGCUGACUCAAAGCGGCCUACUGUUGAAUAUAUCGAUCCGAUUAUUUCUGCUGAGAUUCCAAAUAUCAAUGAAGAUCCAGAGUUGUAUUCACUUGUAAGUGAAUUCAUGAUACAUGGUCCUUGUGGAGCUGAAAAUAUGAAUUGCCCGUGCAUGGUGGACAAGCAAUGUUCGAAAUUUUUUCCCAAGCAAUUCUGUAAUCAUUCUUCAGUUGAUGUCAACGGUUAUCCCUUAUAUAUGAGAAAAAACAAUGGAUAUUUUGUCGAAAAAUCAGGUGUCAAGUUAGACAACAGAAAUGUUGUUCCAUAUAACAAAUAUCUGUUGAAAAGAUAUCAGACACACAUUAAUGUUGAAUGGUGCAAUCAGGGAUCUUCCAUAAAGUAUUUGUUUAAAUAUAUAAACAAAGGUCCAGAUAAAGCUACAAUUGUUGUUGACAUCAACACUGAUUCUCAUCAAGAAAAGGUUGUGGAUGAAAUAAAAGAUUAUUAUGAUUGUAGAUAUAUAUCUGCAUGUGAAGCAUCAUGGAGAAUAUUUAAAUAA